UGACAGAAGAGGCAAACCAGCGCCCGCACAAUUCGAUUGGCCGAUUCGGCUUGAAUAUAGUUGACAUGACGUCAUCGUGAAUAUAGCGGUGUAGCAGAGAGUGUUCGCCCAUACUGUAAUUCACACAGCGCUCGCGACGACGCUCCCUCCGCUCCAUCCUCAAACAUUGCAGUCAUGUCUGACUUCACUGAGGAUCAGAUUUGUGAGUUUAAGGAGGCCUUUCUCCUGUUUGACCGAACGGGAGAUGGGAAGAUCAUGUACAAUCAGUGUGGGGAUGUGAUGCGUGCUCUGGGGCAAAACCCUGUCAAUGCUGAGGUCCUCAAAGUCCUGGGCAACCCCAGUAAUGAAGAUAUGAACAUGAAAAUGCUGGACUUUGAGCAGUUCCUGCCCAUGCUGCAGGCCAUCGCUAAGAACAAGGAUCAGGGUUCCUUUGAGGACUUUGUGGAGGGACUGCGGGUAUUUGACAAAGAGGGAAAUGGAACGGUGAUGGGCGCUGAGCUUCGACAUGUCCUUACUACACUGGGCGAGAAGAUGACAGAGGAAGAGGUGGAGACGCUCUUGGCAGGACAUGAGGACGCUAAUGGGUGCAUCAAUUAUGAAGCAUUUGUGCGCCACAUUAUGGCUGGUUGAGGAGAGGAACUCGUAAGGAUGGUCAUGAGCGGUUGAAGAAUUCAAACACGUUUAUUUUAUUUUUGCCCCCCAUUUAUGUGAUUCUUCAUUUCCAUAUUAGCUUUUUUUAAUUAUUUGAUCUUUUUUUUUUCCUUAAGUGCCUUUUAUCAUGUUUCUGGAGAAUUAUGGCUCAAUUCAUUCCAAAAACUUCCACUGGUGUUCAUAGGUUUGCUUGAAUACCUUUCAGCCAUUACAUUCAUUCCAUCAAUUAUUGUAUUCAGCCCCUAUUCGUCUUAAACUGUGAGGGACAUUUGGAUUGGCUCUUACUGUAGUUUUUUUUUUUUUUUUUUUUUAUUAACCUAUUGUCUAAAUGUUUGUUAGUCAUUUGACAUCCCUCUUUAAUGUCUGCUGUGCAUCAUAAUAAAUAUUCAGAAUGA